AUGAAUUUUGAAUUCUUGGCUAACGAAUUAUUACUUGAAGUAUUUGAAUAUUUUCAUGCUGUGGAACUUAUCCGAACUUUUCAUCAUCUCAAUCAACAUUUUGACAAUUUGAUCUUUACUCAUUUUCGAACACAUCGUUUCGAUUUUCGAACAGCAUCAAAACAAGAUUCUGAUAUUGUCUGUCAAGUAAAUCUUCCAUUAAUUGUCGAUCAAAUUACUUCACUUGGUCUCUCCGACGACGAUGAAAUUCCUCAACAAAUUAAUUUAUUUCGUUCCUAUGGUUGGACACUGAAUAAAUUCCAAAAUCUUUCUUCACUUUCAUUAGAUCAUAUUCGUUCGGGUGAGAUAAUUUUUGAACUUUUAUCCGAAUGUUCUCAACUUGUUCGUUUAAAUCUGACUUCAUGCCAUUUUGAAUGUAAGCAAGAUGAUAUUCUUCGUUUUGUGAACUGUAUAUGGAGUUUACCUAAAUUGAUUUUUUGUUAUUUGAAUAUGAAUUUUAAACAUGGGUUUCAUAUGCCAAUAUCGACAAAUGUUUCAUUGUCAUUGGAACAUUUAUCAGUUUUGGGUGUUUCUUACCGUGCUGACCAAUUAACUCAUCUUUAUGCGCAUACACCGAGUCUUCGAUAUUUUGCAUUAGAUUUAUCUAGUACCCAUUCUGCUGAACAAUUGCAAACAUCAUAUUCAUCGUUAACUGAAUUAAAUCUUGUUUUUGUUGGUUCACAACAUGGUAUCAUAGAUAGGGUGUUACAAAAAGCACCGAAUCUAUAUCGAUUGAAGAUCGAAACAAUGUAUUUGGAAAUGAAUGGCCAUGAAUGGGCACAUAUUAUUCGUAAUUAUUUACCAAAAUUAAAAGUAUUUCAAUUGAAAAUGAGAUUCGAAAAUCGUAGUGAAAAAUAUAAAAACGAAUAUUUCAACUCAUUUCGAACUCGCUUUUGGCUUGAAGAACAGCAAUGGUUUGUUAGAUAUCAUUAUAAUCCAGAUGAUAGUUCCAAUAUGAUUUGUCUCUAUACUUUACCGUAUAGUUUUUCUUAUCUUGACAUUUACUUUCCUGUUCAUUUUCAAUCGACUUGUCCCAGUGAUAUUGAUGAUGAUUAUUAUUCAUCAUAUAACCAUGUUCAACACUUAGUUUAUCGUUCUUCUUUAACCAGCAACAUGAUUGUAUCUGAUCUUAAUUUUCCAAAUACAACUUACCUUUCAGUAACACUUCCUGUUAACAAUCAUUUACUAUCAAUCAUUCAAAAACUGCAUCGAUUAACUGCAUUAGAAGUAUCAAGAUCGAAAACCAUGUCGGAUGUUGAUGCUCAGUUACAGUUACAAAAUAUCCUUGACCAUGCAUCUCAUCUUUCUUCGUUAAGAUUUAACUCAUGGCGAGAAGGACAGUUUCUCAAUCGAAAUUCUUCAAUAGCUGAAAAAUUGACACCAAUCAUCUUGAAAACCCGAUUAAUUCGACAAGUUAAUCUGCGAGGUUAUGAUUGGUGGUUCAACGAUGAAGAAUGUGUUCAGAUACGUGGUUCGUCAUUGAUAAAACAUUGUGAAGUACUUUCAAUCAAAGUUCAAAAUCGAUUGAAUAUACUUUAUCUUAUCAAUUCAUUGCCUAACCUUCGAGCGUUGAUUGUUCAAGCUCGAGAUGAUAAUUGGAGUUGGAGCUGCUAUUCUCCAUCAACUGAUGAUCAGUAUGUUCAAUGGCUACAACAGAAUUUGCCAUCAACGUGUUCAAUUAAACGAGAUUUUCGUUUUGUUCAUUAUAUUCGAAUAUGGAUUCAUUUAUAA